AUGUCGUCAGAUGUAAUGAAUAUUCCAACUGGUACUUCAAAUAGUGAUGAGCUUAGUGAACCUCCUUCCGGCAACGAGAAUGAAUUACGUGAAUUAGUGUAUCAAGCUCUCGAACGAGAAGGUUUAAUUAAUCGUUUAAAAGCACAAUUACGUGUUUCUGUAUUUAAAACAAUCGAAAAAGCAGCUAAUCCUAAUGGUAUUGAUACGCGUUCACCUUUAGAUGAUGGCAUGACAGGAAGUAUUUGUCGUGCACUAGUAUUUGAUUGGCUUGAACAUUCUCAGUUAUUGUAUACACAAGAUAUUUUCAAAGUUGAAACUUCUGGUCCUAAGUAUCCAACACCAUUAACGCAUACAGAAUUACUUGAGCAGCUUCAUAUUAAUUUAAAUCAAACGAAAGCGCAACCAAUUUUACAUUUAUUACUUGACCAAAGUACAAAACAAUCUCCGUCUACAACUAAUUCUUUGCCUGAUUUUAUUAAACAAUCAAUUGACAAUCAAUUUCCAAAUGAAAAAAUCAAUGAUCUACAACGUAUACGUGAUCAUUUUCGUUCAUUAUUUUCAUCAGCAUUUGAUUCAAGUGUACUAGAUGCAUUUAUUAAUAAAAAUAUUCCUUCAACAUCAGCAUCUCUUGCUAAACAUGAUUAUGAACAGACAUGUCUCAAAUGGAUACAAGCAUGUACUAAUGCAUUAAUACCAUCAUCAUCUCCUAUUCAACCAGUUACAUCAUUAGGAUUAGCGCCAUUAUUAACGGCACGUAAUACAACUAGUAACGAUCCAAAACCAUCGUCUGCUAAUCAAGUAAAAUCUCCGCCAUCAGAUUCUUCAUCCUCAUCGUCGUCGUCAUCAAAAAAUCAACAAAGCCCUGCUUUUGAUUUUGCACUAUCAACAGCAGCCAAUUCAAGUGCAAAUGUCGUGAAGAAAUCGACUGAUAUUGUUCCACCACCAUUAAUAGAUUUUAAUGAUAGUAGUAAUAGCGGUAGUAGUAGUAGUGAUGAACAAGAGGAAGAAGAUGCCUCAGCUUCAAUAUUUUCUAAACAUAAUGCAACAGCAGCUGAAAUUGAAAAAUUGAAAAAAAUUGAUGUUAUUAUUCAAAGUAAUACUACACCACGCACAAGAACAAUUCUUAAAACUACUUCAGCCAAUGGAGGUAAAGAUCUGCCAAUCGAAUAUGAUGAUGAAAGCAUGAGCCAUAGUGUUAGUCACAGUAUAAUUAGUAGUGUCGAUGAUAUUACCGUUGAUAAAGUAUCACCUUCUCCAUCGAUUCCCAUCGAUUAUUUGGAAGAUUUUGACAAGAAUUAG